UGACGUUGUUCCGGUUUUAGGUUUACUUGAAUGGCGCAGCGGGCAGAGCUACAACAACCAGCAUGUCAAAAAGAAAAGUGACAUUUGAGGAUGACGGUGGGGAGAUUACUUUGGAAGAAGAGGCUCCAAAGAAAAAGAUGGUUGAUGGUGUGAUUGGGCCAGGAUCAAGAUUUAAGGAGAAACACUCUUUGGACAGUGAUGAGGAGGAUGAGGGAGAGGAUGUAGAGAAGAGCAGCAAGUACAAUAUCCUUGCCAGCGAUGAUGUGGAAGGUCAGGAAAUGGCAACAAUUGACUAUGAUGAGGGGGUACCCAUCACCCCCUUUAACCUUGAUGAAGAAAUGCAAGAGGGACACUUUGAUUCAGAAGGAAACUACUUUGUCAACAAUGAUAAGGAUAUCAGGGACAACUGGCUGGACAAUAUUGACUGGGUGAGGAUAAAAGAACAGCCAGUGAAAAAGAAAAAAGGCCUUGCAGCUAAACGAAGGAGAAGAGCUGGUGAUGAAGAUGAAGCAGAGGAGGAAAUACAGAGAGAGGCGCAGAGGAAAGAAAGUGAUGAAGAGGAGGAGGAGGAGGAGAAAGAACCAACAGAAGACCCUCUGGCUACAUACAGCCAUUAUCAACUCAUAGAAGCCAUCAUUGAACUGAUGUCGCCUGGAGAAACAGUGGCUGCUGCUCUUCGAAGACACGGGGGUCUUGGAGGACGAAAGAAAAAAGGGAAGCCAAGAGAAGAAGAAAAAGAGGAGACUCCAAACAGAGAUGCUGAUAAACUAGACAAACUAACAGCAUUGGCAGACAGACUGGUGGGCAUUGGAGAGUUUGAAAUUUAUCAGAAGACCUAUGAAAAACUGGCCUACAAACUGAAGGGAAUGAAACAAGGAAAGACCGCCAAAAUUAAAGGGGACAGUGAGGAAGAAGACGAUGAACUUGACAUGUUUGGUGACAAAUUUGACGAGCGGCAUAGUGUAGAAAAAGAUGAGGAUAAGGACAACGACAGAGUGACUGAUGAGGUGAUGUGGGAGUACAAAUGGGACAAUGAGGAAAACUCUGAGCUCUAUGGGCCCUUCAGCAGCCAACAGAUGCAGGAGUGGGUGGACGAGGGCUACUUUAAGGAUGGUGUAUACUGUAGAAAGGUUGACCAAGAAGGUGCCCCUUUCUACAACUCAAAGCGAAUAGACUUUGAGCUUUACACAUGAAUUCCAAUUCCAUUCAUUUUCUUUAGCCUUUCUGUGAGGGCUUUUCUGAUUGUUUACUUGUAAUUUGUUUGAUACCUGAUGUGUUUUAGAAUAAAGACUUUUUUCUGGCUGG